CAAGGAUAUAUGAUUAUUGCCCUAAAGACAACAUGAGCAUUUAUCUGCUUCAGUUUGAUUGUUGACUUUGAAAGUGUGCAGAAUCUGAAAUAUGUUAGAACUUUUAAAUGCUACAUGACAGUAUGACACAUUUUAGAUCUUCACUCAGACUUUGGGACAGCACAGUGCAAUUUCAUCGUAACAGAAUCAGUUGAAUAUAUUUUGGAUUUCAUGAAUUAGAAAAGCCAGAAGCUGCAAUUUACUUGAAGUAUUUUACAGCAACAUUUGCAGACUGUGAAAGAAGCCUCUACUGGGAAUUGUAGUUUUUUUGUACAACUGGAUGCCUGUGUAAACAACCACAGGCAUCCAGUUUUAUAUUUAUUACAAAAUGCGGGAUGGUCUGACUUGUAAAUGUUGGCGAUAAUUCUUCACAAACCUCAGUAAAAAUUAAGCUCUAAUUUAUAGCGAAUCUAUAAAAGCAGUUAGAGGAGAAUAAUGAAUCCUAAGCACAUGUUUGUGGUCUCAUCUAGGAGUCUAAAUCAUGAUCACCAACAGCACAAUUUUUCCCUCUACUUUUUGAAAACAGUUUAGUUUUGGCCUGUGCAAGCUGACGUUCAUGCAUGUUUGAAAACAUGUACAGUAUGUUUAAGAAAGAGUGAGGGGUUAGGAGGGUGACAUUUUCAAGCCGGGGGGAGAAGAGGCAGCGGGGCUCUCAGAGUAGCCAGGAGAGGGCUGAAGAUUGAAUUUCGGCCCCGCAGCAUUCCCUGGAGGCAGACUGAGCGUGAGAGAGAGCACAAGGGUGCAAGUGAAGACAGUGAGUGACCUACAAACAAGCUUAACUUCACCCGGUGCUGCAGAUUAACACCACAGCGGCCCCUGAAGGAGCCACGCCGCCUCCUCCACCUCCACCCUCCUCAUCUCCUGAGCGUGACACAUGAAGGAGGGACAAUCUGGAGGGCUUGGCUGGACGUCGUAAUGAGGGGAGUGAUACACAGACGGGUGCAGAAGCAGCGAAGGGUCAUGCUAAAAGGCACCUGGAGGUGGAGGUACAGUGGGAGAGUCAUGGUCACUCGUUGGAGGUGUGAUUAGUGUGAAGCUCUGGCAGGCAGGUGACAGGAGGACACCGGGCUGAGGUGGGUUUCUACUGACUGCAUGUGUGGAGAUGGACAUGAUGAUUUACAGUGAAAUAUAGUAGAAUAUGAGUGAAAAAGGUCUAAAAAUUCCUCAGAAGUUGGCUACGAAAUCACCAAUAAAGGAAUGCAUGCUUUCAGACACACCUGUUAGUCUCAAAAUUUCCUUCACUUACACGCUAUAAGGUACACCUACCUAAAACUAAUGCAGCAGUUGUGCAGUAAAUUACCAUUUCAUGAAAUUUAUAAUGUCCAGGUUACAUUGAAACUGCUUUAAAGUGGUGGCUAAAAAAAAAUCAAAUACAGCUUAAAUGCAUGCUUUCAGAGACACCUGAUGUUAGAUUUGAAAUUUCAUAUACUUACAGUUUAUAAGGCACCACCUAAAGCCAAAAGUAAUGCAACAGUUCUGCAGUCAAUUGUCAUUUCAGGAAGGUUGUCAAGUCCAGGUUUGUUUGAAAGUGCUUAAAAGAGAGGCUGAUUUAACUUUAGAGUGAUUUUGGAGGAUGUAGUCAGUGGUGUAAAAUGAGCCUAUCAUUCACAUAAACGGCGUAGACAAAUAACCUGGCAGCACAGUGUAGAAGCAGUAAAAAUAAUGCGUUAUUAGGUUGCAAUGUAGUGAAUCUGAGGAUGUUAUGGCUACAUUAAACAGCAAUGUUACUUAUUUGUAUGCACAAAAAACGUAAUUUUCUUGCCUCUUUGUCUGUAUCUACUUGUGAUUUUCUGUUCUGUUGUUUCCACGUCGCUCGUUAAAACUCUGAUUUCUUCUCUCCAGAGCAAAGACAAAGUAAAAAUAAAACAGAAAAGGGAAAAUCCAAGUCUGACAGAUGGAUAAUCAAGACAAGGGGGGAGGUAAAGAUGGAGGAGGUGGGCAGACGAAAGACAAACCAAAAUCUGAGGAGGUGAGUGAUGAAGACAAGCAGACCAAAGACAAGCACAACAUGCUUGAGAAGGAGAGCAGCGAGAAGGAGCCGAGGAACGAAGCCCGGAAGGAGAACCGUCGGCUUGGUCAGUGGAGGAGCGGCUGGGCUCUGACCGAACGUCUGGCCAUCAACGUGUCAGGAAUGCGGUAUGAAACCCAGCUCCGGACCCUCGCCCAGUUCCCAGACUCCCUGCUGGGAGACCCUCGCCGCCGCCUCCGCUACUUUGACCCACUGCGUAACGAACUCUUCUUGGACAGAAACCGGGCCUGCUUUGAUGCCAUCCUCUACUUCUACCAGUCAGGCGGGAGGCUGCGGAGGCCCGCCAACAUCCCGCUGGACAUGUUCCUGGAGGAGCUGCGUUUCUACGAGCUCGGAGAGGAGAUCAUUGACCGCUUCAAGGAGGAUGAGGGCUUCGCCAAGGAGGAGGAGAGACCUUUACCUGCCAAGAAGUGGCAGCAGAGCAUCUGGAUGCUGUUUGAGUAUCCAGAGUCGUCCAGCGGGGCACGAAUCAUCGCCAUCAUCAGCGUCAUGGUCAUUGUGAUCUCCAUCCUCAUCUUCUGCCUGGAAACACUGCCGGAGUUCAGGAUUGAGAAAGAACGGAGAGAGCAAUUCACCACCAUCCCUCACCCCACCAUGCCCAAUGAAACCAUCCUCAUCCCGCCUGGAUUCACCCCCUUCCAGGACCCGUUCUUCAUAGUCGAGACCAUCUGCAUCUGCUGGUUCUCCUUUGAGCUCAUCAUGCGCUUCAUCAGCUCUCCGAGCAAGGUGCACUUCUUCAAGGACAUCAUGAACAUCAUCGACUUCUUUGCCAUCAUGCCUUAUUUUGUCACGCUGGGCACCGAGCUGGCCAAGGACAAAGGCGCUCAGCCGUCGGUGUCGCUGGCCCUGAUCAGGGUCAUCAGGCUGGUGAGGGUCUUCAGGAUCUUCAAGCUCUCGCGUCACUCCAAAGGUCUGCAGAUUCUCGGCCAAACGCUGAAGGCCAGCCUUCGAGAGCUCGCCCUGCUCAUCUUCUUCCUUUUCAUCGGCGUCAUACUCUUCUCCAGUGCCGUCUACUUUGCUGAGGUGGACAGUCCUGGCACGGCCUUCACCAGCAUACCUGAGGCCUUCUGGUGGGCUGUGGUGUCCAUGACGACGGUCGGCUAUGGUGACAUGUGUCCGGGCACGGUUGGAGGGAAGCUGGUGGGCUCCAUGUGUGCCAUCGCCGGCGUCCUCACCAUCUCGUUGCCAGUGCCUGUUAUCGUGUCCAACUUCAGCUACUUCUACCACCGAGGGAUGGAGUGCGAGGACACCAAGGAGUAUCACCACGUGGCCACCUCACUCUGGGAGAAGGACGAUGAGGAGGAUGACGAUGAAAAUGGAACAGACGACUGGCCUGAAAACAUUGAGGACUACGCACCGCUGUACGGACAGAACAGGGUCAUCAGGCCGCCGCUCAAUGGAGCUUUGCUGGAUGCGCUCGACAAAACUGGUCAGAAAGGAAUAAAUUUCUACCUCAAAGAACCGCUGGUCACUCAGGUGUAAAGACAGACAGGAGACAGACAGAGUCCCAUCACAAAACAUGAAGCUGAAAUGUCGAAAAGGAAGAACGAGAUGGCGACACUAAGAAGUGCACUGAUUCAAACCCAGGUCUGUGUCUCUCAUGUGAUCAUUGUUUUUAUAUCUGAGGCUUCUGCAUGAUUAGAUGCACAGAAAUCAUCUGUUUUUCACUACAGACAAGCAGAACUUAGAAAUGUUUCCAGAUCCAGUGAAGCAUCUUCUGUCAAUCUCAAAUAAAGACAUUCAACCAGCUGCACGAUAGAACUGAUUUUUCUCUGAAGCCAAUUUAACAUAUCAGCGACAUGCACCUUAUACAGCUGGUUUAGGGCAAAGCAAGAACACUAAGAUAAAUAUAGACAUAAGUGGAUUCAGUUUAUCCAGACAGACAACUUCCUACAAGGUUUCAAGAAAGUUCCUAGAAAGUUUCCUGACACUAAACAUAUGAAGACAUCAUGUAAACUCAAGUAAAUAUUUAUUAAGUCCUAAUUAACAUUUGAAACUGUACAACAGUGAUGGAAAGGAACUUAGACAAACAUUAACUAAAGUACAAUUUUGAGGUACUUUACUGAAGCAUUUCCAUUUUUAUGGCACUCCAGUCCAUUUCAGUGGGAAAUUCCAGUUUCUAUUCUACCACAUUAAUCUGACAGCUUCAGUUACUUUUAAGAUGAAGAUUCUAUGCAAUGGAUAUUAUAACAAGCUUUUCAAAAUACCAGUGAUUUUACAACCUUUUUGACUUCUUGCAUAUUUUAAAAACUAGUGUGAGGUUCAGCUCACAUUUCAGAUAGACUUCUUAUAUGCAUUCAUUUAAAUAAAUGUUCCAAUGAUCCCAGCAAAAAUCAAGGAUUAGAGACAAAAAUGAAAACAGAUGUAGUUAUCAUAACUUUGUUUUUUUUUCUUCUUUUCUCUAUUAUUAAUCAUAUCACACUCAGAUUCAUCUGCUGUCCCUGAAUAUAAAACUAAAUAUAAAACUGGAUAUGAUGUAUUUGCAACAGCUACAAUGACAACAUGCUGCUAACACAAUAAUUCUUCACUGUCAAUAAUGUAAUCUUGUCCUAUAUAAUAAUAUAUCAGGCAGAGGGACCAAAGCAGGACUUUUACUUUAAUAUUUUAACUACAUUUGGCUGCUAUGAAUGUUUACUUAAGAAGGAUUAUUCAUACAGGACUUUCUCUAGUGCUUGAGUGUUUUUACUUUACUGUAUUUCUACUUAAGGAUCCGAAUACUGAUUUUACCACUGGUGCAUCCCUCCUAUAUGUAGACUUUUCUGCUUACUUUUGAACAAUUUUAACCCUGUUUUCACAUUCAGUUGAUGAAGCACUAUAUAGUUUACACUAGAAAAUGUUUUUUUCACCCCUAUAAUUAGUAGAUUAUUCAGAUUUAGCGACAUGUUGUGCAGCGGUGUCACUUGUGGCCACCAAAUUGGAAAACACGCUAAAAAUCUUCUUUGUGCAGGUGAUUGAAUAUGUUUCAGUCAUGCUUGACGGAGGAUAAUCCGAGGCUUCUGGGAAUUGCAUUAAUACACAUAAAAAUGUUUAGUAAACUGAGAUUUUUAUCUUGGAGAGAAAACAGAUUUGUAUCUCUUUAAUGUAGCUGUAAAUGCAAAAGUCUCAAAUGUAAAAUUUAUGAUUACAUGAGAGAAAGUGUAGCAACACUGAUACCAGAAGUAAAUCUACACUAAAAACAGAACUGUCAUUCUACAAUAUGUGUACAAUCACUGGAGAGACUGUUUACGUAACGAUCUGUGUUCUCAAUGUCCAUUUGCUGCGUAUUUAUCUCAGUAAGUUAGAUUUCCAAAGCAGAUAACUCCAUUAUUUGUCCUUGUGCAGCUGCUAAAUGUGCUUUGAGUGAAGCCCUGUACUUGUAGGAGUUAUGGCAGAAAAGUGGAUCUGCGGUCUCACGCUGAUGUGGACAACAAAGAGAUCGCUCAUCGGCUGCUGAUGGUGCAGACAGAGUUCAUGUAGUUGGUCCAGAGCCAGUUUGUAUGCCACAUAGUUACACAGUGUAAUAGAUACAGCAGAGAGAGGUGCAGGGCAGAGACCUGAUCUCAGGUCAGACAUUUUUGUCACGGUGGUAAAGUCGAGACUACGAGACAUUCUGGCUAAAGCAGCUCUGAUGAUCUCAGCUGGUUGUUGCUGCAGCUUUGUAGAACUUUGUCCUCACUUCACUGACUUUGGCUUUCUUUACACUCAAAAGUGGGGAUGUCCCAUUGAUUUUUGCCUCCAAUCAAAUUCCAAUCCACAUUAUUUUACAUUUAGUAUUUGCCGAAAAUCUGACACCAGUUUCCGAGGUAAUACAUACUAUUAGUAUUAUAGAUUUGCUGUAUUAUCUGGUUGAUUUUACUGUCUAACACUGUAGCAACCAGAGGAGGCUGACACUGCAGUGUUGGCAGGCAGAGAGCAUUGUGUGGUUUAGCUAGUGAAGGGGCACCGUGAUAAAGUCUUAUGUGAGGCUUAAUGACCUUUAACAUCAGUACUAUAGCCUAGUGGCACAUCCAACAGCUACUUAUGCAUCCUGAAUUAUGUCUCUAUGGCUUUACUAGCAAUAUCAGCACAUAAUCAACAAAAGUGCAUUGAGUCCAUAUAAUUAAUAAAUUAAUUAUUAAGUGACAAUGCUGCAUAUAUAAAGGAAAUUGAUCAAAUUUACAAUGUAUGUAUAACAGUGGAUGUAAACAAAGGAUCAAGCUUAGGUUGUUACCAAUAUAAUUAGUUAAAAAUUGCCUAGACAUCACUGCUACACAGUGCACAUGUGUUAUUAAAAGAAACCCUAAAUCUGCAUUUUUGGGUGUUACACAUUUUGCCAUCUUUAUGAUUGAACAGUGGCUGCAUUGACGUCGGUUUUAUAUGAGCACUGGGGAGGUUUACAAGUCUUUCCCAGGAAAUUCUCGGUGUCAGUUAAUUUUUUUUAGUGAAUCGUUAGGCACCAAGUUGUGCAUUUUCUGCAUUCAUUUGUGGUAAGAAUGUCAUUUUUAUGUAUAAGAAAACACAAAAUUCAGAAUCUAAUGAAACAUAGUAACGCUGUCAGGCUCAUGGACAAAUAUUUAUUCUCCUGCAGGUCAACGUUUGUUGUCUUUUGUUUGGGGAAGUAAUCACUUUAAAUGUGAAUGUGGCACAGCUUUUUGUCAGUGAUAAAUUAAUUGACUGUAAGUUACGUUCAUUUUCAUUUAACUUUAAUAAAACCAGUAGAUUUUAUCUGUGUGCUGGUAUUCUGAACUUUUUCCACAUUCACAACUUAUUACACAUGUAGCGUCUCUUUGAUAUGCUAGAGAAAAAAUUAUAUUUUUUUGCUGUUUUAAAUACAACGCUGAAAAAUAACAUAUUUUUGAUGUGAACACAGUUACAGUUACAGUUGGCCAUUUCUGUUUGUGUGAUUUUACAGUCAAUAUAUAAAUGAAUCCUUUUUUCUGUCCAUUUACUAGUUAUUAUCUGCAACUUAACAAAAAUAAGAAACAUCUAUAAAAUAACAGCAACUGCUAAAAAUAAAUAAAUAAAUAAAAAACUGUUCCAGUGCACCACAUCACUUAUCCAGCAGUUAUCAGAUUAUUAUGGAAAACUCCUAGUUGUUAUCAGAGCUUCACUGACCUGCAGAGAUUCUUGUGCUAAAUUUAACUGUUUGAUGAAAGACUGAUUGAAUUUUGGUGGUGAUGCUAUUUCACAGCAGCAUAAAGGAUCAAAAUGUCCUGAGUUAUCCUUAAACCACUCCUGCAAGGUAAUCUGCUUCACUCACGUCCAUCUGUAAACUAGUUACGCUCUGAACAGGGAUGAUAUGAUGAAUAUAGAUUUAUGCUGUGGGAUGAUACAGACGUGUGAAACUGGAGGCAAAGCUGCAAAUCAGUGGGUUUUACAAGCAAUCAGUGUGGUGACAUUGAAGUGUUAGGAUUUCAUGUUUUCAAUCAGCCAGAGAUAUUUAUAUCUAUACCUGAAAGGUUUUAAAAAGUAGAGUAUAUCAAGGCAUUAUGAUAUAUAUAUUUAUAAAUA